UUACAGAAAAUCAUAUGGCAGAAUCAUCAAGUGAAAAUUGCAAAGUACCAACUGGGCUGCGUCCAUUAUUGGAAGCGUUGGUGCGGGAAACGCUGAGAACGCAGCCAGUUGAUCUAAUCAAUUUUUCGAUUCUGUUUUUCAAUGUGUUACAAAAACAUCGUAAACAGAAUAAUGCAGAAGAUGUGUUAACGGAUCCUGUUUUAUACGAGUCGUUUAAAAUUGACCUGCAGAAACAGUAUCACGGAAAGGAUAAAAUGACUGAAGAAUCGCUAGGGUUUUUGGAUGAAGCAGCUACGAAAAUCCAAGCUGUAUACCGUGGACAUAUUGUUCGAGCCAAUCCACAAAAAUUUGGUCUCAACAAAAAGGGAACUGGUACCAGUUGUCCAUCUACAGAUUGCACCAGUUUACUAGAUACGGAAAAAGAUUUAAAGUGCCAUUCUAUCAAUGUUACUGGUUCUGUGGUACACAGAGAUGUAAUUGAGGAUCGAGCAGCAACCAUAAUCCAGGCCGAAAUUCGGGGGUUCCUUACACGGCGACAUUUGCAACAAGAAAGGAAAGAAGGAAAUGAAGCUGCCAAAAAAAUACAGGCGCAUAUUAGGGGUUACCUAACGAGAAAACACCUUGAUGAAGUGGGCAUACCGCAUAAACAUUCGACUGUCUCACAUCUACACAACGGUCUCCAAGAGCAUGUUUAAAGUACCCAAACGAAUCAUUUAUUUGAACAACAGGAAUAAAAUCCACCGAAAUGAACAUGCACAAUCUCCUCAUCGUUCUGGAAUGUACCGCCCACUUUUUUUCCCAUUUGAUUUUGAUUAAUAAAUAUUUAGUCGCUGUAUUGUGUAUUGUUUAUGCAACACCAUUACUACAAUACAGUUUUCAGCGUACUGCUAACUUGACUCAACUUCUAUGACUUGGUAUUUUUUCUGCGUUCCGGCCGCAAUAUCUCCAUUUGCCAUUGUACAUAUUCAUAGAACCAGCACUCCAAAUUGCACUAUCCUUCACUGAAGGACAGUGGAUGAAAUCCCAGUGGCCACCAGUAUAUUUCUUCAUCAUUUUCCCUACAUACAUUCCACUUUUCCGGAUUCAUUUUUCUCAGUUAUAUUGAAUUGGUCGUGUGAAAUGCUUUACUGUGACUCCUGCAA